CUCAGGCCUAAGUACUCAGUACUCAGUACUUGCGCCUUUGUCUGCAAUGGACUCUGAUCCACUCAUUCUGCCUAUCUGUACCGCUCAGCCAGAUUUCUUGUCCGUGAUAUCCGACGUCCACGAAGGUCUGGUACCCGAAGACACGUUCUGGCUCUCUUGUUACAAGUUUGGCGAGCCAUCUGUGCACGGCAAAGUGUACGCCACCCUUGAUGAAGUCAAUCGAGACCUGGUGCGUUUGGAGGGGCGAAAUGGUGUAGAACUUCGUAGCAGAGAGGCACUGUACUCUGCGUCGUGUCCUUCGUUGCAAAUGCCACAAACAAGACUCGCUGUGCCGAUGAAGACGUAUGCGGAGAAUGAGGGUCGGAAAGUUAUCAAGAUCACAGCUUUCGACGUCUCCCCAGACGGUUCCCAGUUCGCGACGGGACAUAUGGAUGGAUCGAUUUACAUAUCCCAGACGUCGCAGUCUCGACCUACCGACUUGUGUAGGCCGCAUGUGAGCACCGUCACCUCUCUCCGUUUCUUCCCCUCUUCCCGCGUGCUCCUUACCGCCUCGUCCGACUUCUCCCUCUCUAUCUUGCCCGCUGCACCGCCAGAGGAUCCAUCCGCACAAGGGCUUAUCACACCAGCACGUCGAUUCCGUGGGCACACGCGCGGCAUCACUUCAACAGCGAUCGUAUCGAAAGGACGCAACUUGCUCUCCGCCGCCAGGGACGGCACUGUUCGCCUCUGGGAUGUCCCUUCGGAGUCUCAGAUCCGUAUGAUGGGCUCAGCCAACGGCAGCUGUGUGCCAGUGCUCGCAAUCAGCGUUGGCGAGGGAACGCUCCAGGCUGGAGACGCUGCGACCGAUGAGGCCGGUGUCGACCCGCGUGAGGUCGACACGGAAGACAAGCUCGUCUUUACCGCGCUGCAGGACGGCACAUUUGAAACGCUCGAUCUGCGGACGAAGCGCAGCGUAUUCCGCUCGCGAGCCCCGCCGGCGGGCGGGAAGAGCGUACUGCAGGCGAUCGCGUACGCGCCGACAGAGAACCUUGUCGCGACGGGUUCGACAAAGGGAGUCGUCUCAGUGUACGACACGCGUGCGCUCGCGACGCCUCUGACUACGUUCAAGCGCAACACAGCGUCCAUAGAGGAUCUCGCGUUCGUUCCGCUGGAUGCCUUGUCGUUCGCUACAGACGCCGGAGCUCGAGGUAGCGUCGGGGAUGGCUCGGGCCUUGGACUGGCGAUCGCGACGGAGGAUGGACUUCCGUACGUUGCGGAUGUGCGCCCAGAGGGACCUGGGGUACGUGCCGAGCUAGUAGGAUCAGAUUGCGACGGGGUCCGCGCCGUUCGUGUGGUGCAGGCUCAAGAGCGAGAGGUGUGGACGGCUGCGGAUGAUGGCGCUGUUAGGCGUUACCGGGUAAGGGAUGUAUAGGUCACUGCCCAGUGAUAAUCAGAAGCGAAGAAUGUACUCUAGUCGGUAAACCUUGUGUUUGCAAUUCAUGUAUAGUUCCAGCUGUCUUUGCCGACAACCCGCUACGUAGUCCGACUUAGUGCGGACACACGCGUGUCGAGACGUGGACGAGCGACCAUGUAUGUUCGUCGUCGCUUUGUUGUUCUGCUGUAUGAUCUAGUGGUGAGUACAUCACAAGAGAUUGGUUUAAGGGUUC